CUUAAUUGUGGAACUCAUCGUCGUUGAUUUGGUCGUCGUUGAAUUCUCCGCGAUCGGAAGAGCUCCCCAAUGCCGGGAUCGCCCCUCACGCGCCGCAGGAACCCUCAUCGGUCGCAGGCGUGGAGCUUCUCCGGUAUGGAUUAUGGAUCUUCUAGGCCGCGAUCGCACUUGGUGGCCAAGGUUUUGGUAGCGGCUUCUCUGACCGCCUUGUGCAUGUUUAUUCUGAGGCAAUCGUCGACAAGCACCACAGAUCUUUUUGCCCACCGACAAGAGGGUGUAAUGCACGUACUUGUCACUGGAGGUGCAGGGUUUAUAGGAUCACACGCGACUUUGCGGCUUUUAGCGAAUGGACAUAGAGUUACGAUAGUGGAUAAUUUGUCACGGGGAAACAUGGGUGCUGUUCAUGCACUUGAAGAGAUUGCUAAUCCCGGUAUGCUACAAUUUAUCAAUGCGGAUCUUGGUGACAGAAAGGCGGUUGACGAGAUUUUUAAGAAGAAUGCCAUUGACGCGGUGAUGCACUUUGCUGCCGUUGCCUACGUUGGAGAAAGCGUGGCAGAGCCACUGAGAUAUUACCACAAUAUCACGUCAAACACCUUGACUGUUGUAGAAGCAAUGACGGCACACAAUGUAAAGAAGCUGAUUUAUUCGAGCACCUGCGCUACCUAUGGCGAACCAACAAAGAUGCCCAUAGUGGAGGACACGGAGCAAGUGCCGAUCAAUCCUUACGGCAAAGCGAAAAAGAUGGCUGAGGAUAUAAUCAAAGACUAUACUAAGGCGUCAUCGGACUUGGCCGUCGUCAUUCUAAGGUAUUUUAAUGUCAUUGGAUCAGAUCCACUUGGAAGGCUUGGAGAAGCACCUCGGCCCGAGCUCCGCCACAUGGGACGCAUAUCCGGUGCGUGUUUUGAUGCGGCUUUGGGACAUAUUCCCGAGUUGAAGGUAAUGGGGACCGACUACGACACGAAAGACGGAACUUGCAUCAGGGACUACAUUCAUGUCACGGAUCUAGUUGAUGCUCACGUCAAGGCUCUGGCGCACGCUUCCGAGGGAACGGUGAAGGUUUACAACGUUGGAACGGGCGUGGGAGUAUCGGUGAAAGAAUUCGUGGAAGCCUGCAAGGCCGCGACGGGAGUAAACGUGAGCGUAUCUUAUUUGGAGCGAAGGCCGGGCGACUAUGCCGAAGUUUACAGCAAUCCCUCGAAGAUAUUCCGCGAGCUCGGCUGGAAAGCCAGGUACACGAAUUUAACCGAGAGUCUUUCGGUGGCGUGGAAGUGGAAAAUGGCCCAUCCAAAUGGCUAUGGCGACGCGAGAUCCAACAGCUAAAUCACAGGUCAAGUACACACUGAAAAAAUCGCUAUUUUUUGGAGGCUCCAAUGUCUUGUUCUUGUACAUAACCAAAUGUUAAACGGUA